AUGCUUUCAUUGAGGAUACCGAAUCUGUUGGUCUUGCUCCUCGCAAGUGUCGCCCAGCAUGCUGCUGCUCAAGGCAAUACCCUCGGCUUGGCGAAUGGAUUCCUGCUAUUCAGCGUAUCCGACUUCUCAGUCCAACUGGUGAAAGACUCGCAGACACUUUAUUCCCUGAAACCUCGCGGAAAUUCCUCAGCGUUCGACUUCAUUCCCAGUGACAAAAUGACCCAACGCCAGGGCAACGGAAACUAUCACCUCGGCGAUAUUACUUUCCGUGCGCGCAGAAGCGGGACUACGACCUGGAUUAGUGGAGACACUGCCGCUGCUCGAAGGCCGGUCACCGCGUUAUCGAUAUCAGGUUCCACUCUUGCGGCAGCCAAUCUUGCCCCAACCCUACCGUCUGACUCUCUCCUCGACAUUACUCGUCAAUGGGUUGUACAAGAUACUCGUCUCCAACUUCUCUUCGCCGUCAAGAAUUCUCAAACAGUUGCUGUCGAGAUCGGUGCCCUCGGCAUACCAUUGGAGUUCAACAAUAUAUUUUCCGACCGGACCGCAGCUCAGACAAAUGAGCUUUGCAGCCUUUUCGACCCAUACAUCGGCCAAGAUGCAGGAUAUGUCCAAGUUACUCCAUUAUUAGGCACCCUCCCGCCUUUGGUAGUUCUACCGGUCGGGAAGUCGCCUUUGGAAGGCUGGCGCUUCCUCCCGGAAUCAACCUCCGCCUCACCUUUCUACCAGUCGCAAACGUUCGAAGGCCUCUACGAAUGGCAAUUCCACACCUUGGCCUACGCACAAAAUGAAUGGUCCAGAGUCACACCUUGGAAUGCACCAACUUCCGUCACCUUGCAGCCAGGAGAAAUACGCACCUACGGCGUUCAAUUUCGGUUGGCCCCAUCCAUCCGUGAACUCGAGUCGACAGUGCGCUCAGCCGGCAAACCUAUCUCGGUUGGUAUUCCAGGUUAUAUCGUUUCAGCCGACCAGACUGCCAAACUUUUCCUCGGACACUCCGCGGCUGUCCAAUCCAUCUCGGUAUCGCCUUCAGGAGCAUUGACUUGGGCCGCCAACAACGACGCAAAGACGGCUUCGUGGAAGGGCUACGACAUCACGGCAAAUGCAUGGGGAAGGGCUAGGUUGUCCAUCAUAUACACCGACGGCACUCUUCAGACAAUCCACUAUUACCUGACCAAAGGGGCGGCGCAGACAAUCAGCGACCUUGGUAACUUCCUCACCACCUCACAGUGGUUCACUUCGACUACCGAUCCUUUCAAACGAUCGCCUUCCGUAAUCAGCUACGACCGCGAGGUGAACGCCGUUGUGUUGAACGACGCAAGGGCAUGGAUCCCCGGGUUGAGCGACGAAGCUGGUGCCGGUUCAUGGCUCGCCGCUGCGAUGAAGCAAUAUGCCCAACCCAACGCUGCUGAAGUCGCAAAACUAGAGCAGUUCGCUACCCAGACAUUAUUUGGAUCCAUCCAGAACGCAGAUGGGUCGGUAAAAAAGUCGGUUUACUUUUACCAGUCCGCUCUCGUGCCUGGUUAUACAUAUCCAACGUCGAUAAAUUGGGGAAAUUGGUGGUCUUGGAAUCAAGCAGCCUCGUACGCAAUUGACCGCGCCUAUGACUACGUCCACGUAACUGCGGCGUACUGGGCCUUGUAUCGUGUCGCCCGUAACUAUCCUACUCUUGUGAAGACUCGAACGUGGCAGUGGUACCUCAAUCAUGCCGUUGUCACUGUGCUUUCGAUGACCAAUGGAAGAGUAGGAUACGCAAAUGUUGGGUUGAUGGGCGAAACAGUGUAUUUGUAUCUCCUCAACGACCUAAAGCGGGAAGGCCUGACCGCGAAUGCAACGGCGGUUGAGAGCAGGAUGAGGAGCCGUGCAACGAUCUGGGCUGGCCAACGUUAUCCAUUUGGAUCAGAGAUGGCAUGGGACUCAACAGGGCAAGAGGGCGUGUACGCAUGGAGCAAAUACUUCGGAAAUUCAGCGACUGCAAGAAACGCGCUCAAUUCUAUUCUUGCGUAUCAGCCUUUGAUUCAGCACUGGGGAUACAACGGCAAUGCCAGACGCUACUGGGACAACAUCUAUGGUGGCAAACUCCAGCGUAUUGAACGACAGAUUCAUCAUUAUGGCAGUGGAUUGAACGCACUGCCACUGAUAUCAGAAUUCGAAUCUUCUCCAACCGACUACUAUCUCCUACGCGUCGGGUAUGCUGGUCUCAGCGGCCCGCUGUCGAACAUCGAUCAGGGCGGGUUUGGGUCAGCCUCCUUCCACUCCUUUGCCGAUACCUUGAAAUGGGAUGGAUAUUCUGGCGAUUAUGGCCCCAACUUCUCAGGGCACGUCAUGGGGACGGGCACCUAUAUCAUCAACCACCCCGACUUUGGCUGGCAGGCGUUUGGCGGGAACGUCAUCUCAACCUCUCCGACAGUCCGCGUGCAGAUACGGGAUUCUGUACGCCGUCGGGUGUUCGUCGCACCGUAUGGGUCCUUGCUCACGUUGGACUCUGGAGUUUUCUCCCUCGUCGAAAUCGACCCUCGUGAUCAGUCCGUCAUUGUGACUACGUCGCCUAGUGUUGCGCCAAACGCUGCCCCAGCUUCGAAAGCCCGCCUCGUGAUUGAACAGAAGGUGCAGGGUGCAGGAGGGUUAAGAGCGCCAUCUGGGCUCUUUGAUAACGCCGGGGCUUUGGAGAUCUCUUUCAACGACGGCGAAGGAAGGAUGACUCUUGUUUCCUCUAGCUGA